AUGCCUUGGUCACUCAUCCGUGUGGGACGACCAGUUGCAUCCCAACUGGUGACCUCACGGGCAUUCUCUACCUCAUCAAGGCUAGAUGCGGACUUCACACAUGUCGUCAUUGGGGGUGGUGCGGUGGGACUUGCUAUCGCUCGCGAGCUAGCUGCACGGGAGGGCACAUCAACGCUCUUGAUCGAAAGACACGGCAGUGUUGGCCAGGAAACUAGCAGCAGGAACUCAGAAGUCAUUCAUGCCGGCCUUUACUAUGGAUAUAACACCUUGAAAACAGACCUUUGCAUCAAAGGUAGGCAUAUGAUAUACGAUCUCUGUGAGAAACAGAAAAUCCCUUACCGCAACACCAAGAAGUGGAUAGUUGCUCAAGACGAGCAGCAAAUGGGUGAGCUGGAAAAGGUACAUAAGUUUGCCACUUCUCUGGAUGUGCCAACUCGAUUUCUAUCUCGAGAAGAGAUCCACGAACGCGAACCUGACGUCCGCGCCGACGCCGGCGUGCUAGAGAGUGAGAGCACCGGUAUCGUUGACAGCCACAGCUUUAUGGCCUACCUCGAAGGCGACUUUCAAGAACUUGGCGGCUUAGGCGUCUUUCACACCUCGGUCACACGGAUAGAGCCUAUCGACAACGGCCACGGCGGCUAUAGAAUAUACUCCAAGGCCAACAGUGGACAAGCUGGGGAGGAUGUCAUCGAAGCCGAGACCCUCAUUAACAGCGCCGGCUUGGGUGCUAUCAGCGUCAGUAAUAUGAUACUGCCGCCCGAACGUCACCGCAAACCAUUCUACGCGAAAGGUUCCUACUUCAGCUACGCCUCCAGCCACCCCAAGCCCAAGACGCUGCUCUAUCCAGCCCCAGUCCCCGGUCUGGGUGGGCUAGGCACUCACCUAACACUUGACAUGAACGGCCGCGUCCGCUUCGGCCCCGACGUAGAAUGGGUUGACGACCCUACUGAUCUCAAGCCCAAUCCUGCAAGACUCAAGGAUGCUCUCGACAUGAUUGAGUCUUACCUACCCACCGUCGACCGCAAUGCCGUCGAUCUGGACUACUGUGGCAUACGUCCAAAGCUCGGUAAGACGAGCGGUACCGCAGGACCGACGUUUGCCGAUUUCUAUAUCAAGGAGGAGGAGGGGUACAAAGGGUUCAUUAAUUUAUUGGGCAUUGAGAGUCCGGGCCUGACGAGCAGUUUAGCCAUCGGGGGGAUGGUCAGGGAGAUGCUCUACAAGGGUAAGGAAGGCAAGAGCGAAGAAAAGGGCGAGCAGCCUAAGUUCGAGUUCCAUCAUUGA